AUGGCCGCCACGUCUCUUUUCGUGGUAUCAUGGGUGUUGCGGUGGUUGCUGACGGCUACGGCGUGGGGCGCGCUGUGCGGCGGCGGGCGCGCACACACGCCGUCCCUGUCACCUGCGCUCACGCCGCCCUGCCCCACGCACUGUAUCUGUCUGUCACAGUCACAGGUGGUGUGCAACAGCGCCACGCUGCGCGGCGUGCCGUCAGCGCUGAGUGCCAGCGUGACGCAGCUGUCGCUGUCGCGCGCCGACCUGCGCGUGCUGCGCUCCGACGCCUUCGCGCACCUCCGACAGCUGCGGCGCCUAGCGCUCGACGCCUGCAACCUCACACGCAUACGCCCCUUUGCGUUCCGGGGCCUUCCGCGGCUUCGCGAGCUCUACAUCCAGCACACUCCGCUCGCCACUGUCGAUGCAUUUGCAUUCGCCGCUCUACAGAAUAUCAGUUCUAUCGUCUUAACACAUAACAGAAUAGCUCAAAUUGAGGGAUAUGCUUUCGCAGGAACUAAUUUCAUAAAGCUCAUCUCCCUACGAAAUAAUCCAAUUAAACGUAUUUUAGCGCAUGCCUUCUCGGGGCUUAACGACGUAGCACAGAUUGAACUGCCGUCGGGUAUAAGAUCUAUCGAGCCUCAAGCUUUUGCUGGGCUGGAAGGAGUCGGGGUACUGGAACUCGCAUACAUGGAUUUGCCAGCAGUACUGUCAGAUACUUUUCGCGGGCUGGUGCGAGUUGGACGGCUUGCUCUUCGAGAGUCUGAUCUGGGUAUCGUGCGGGUUGGUGCAUUUGAUGGUUUACAGCGCGUCGAUACAUUGGAAAUCUGCAAUAAUAAAAUAGAUGGUAUCGAAGAGCUCUCUCUGGUACAAAAUAACAGUGUAACCACAUUUAAAUUAACUGGAAAUCACAUGCUGGAGACUCCGGAGGCGGUAAUUUUAGAAGUUGAGAAUAUUGUGAUACGCGGGAACCACGUGCCAUGUGAGUGCGGCCGGGACCCACUUUCAAAUCCACUAGCUCUCACGUCAGACUUCCCAGAAGAGAAUUUCUGCAUAUCGCCACUGAAAGUGCGUGGUCGUACGUUGGGCAGCGUGAGUGCUGGGAGUGCAGGGUGUCGGGGCGAGGCGGGCGGUAGCGCGCGCGCUCGCGCAUCCGGCGCCGGUGCACGACCGCGCGACGCGCUCUCCUCGCCUCAGCUGGCGCUCACCGCAGCCACGCUCGUCUUUCUCGCGAGUAGUUAACCGCCCUCGGUGUUCAAUUAAGUGAGUGUAUCCAUUUGUAAAUAUUGUAAUAUAUGCGAGUGAACAUAAAUAAUGCGAAAUUUUACAUUGAAAGGGUCCGUUCAUUGUGUAUACGUUGGACCAUGAAUAAAAUUUGCCUUUCGAAAUCUCUUAUUUUAU